AGGCAGGGUGGACCAUCGUAGCUGCAAGGCACCGCCGCGCGGGCUUAGAUGGUGCGGCGGCGGGCGCGAGCCCUGGAGCUAGUUCUCGGAGGGACCUGGCAGCAGGCCUUGCGCCUCUCCCAGCCUCAGUUUCCCCCCUUCGGGAGUAAGCCCAGCAUGCUGGCCUGGAGCAACUGCACAAGGCGCGCGCAGUGAUGACGUGGCGGGUAAGGCCCUCGAGCCCCGGCGCCGCCUGUCAGAGAAGCGGCGUCCCUCUCUUCUGUAAACCGGAGCUACAGAUUCUGCUUUCUCUCUGUGACGGGACGAGUGCUCCGGGCCCAGCCCUUAGUCCAGAUGACACUCAUGCCAAUGGCUUCGGUGAUAGCAGUGGCUGAACCCAAAUGGAUGUGGGGCCGUUUCCUGUGGCUGAUAUUGCUGAGCAUGGCUCUGGGGUCGCUGCUGGCCCUGCUUCUGCCACUGGGAGCCGUGGAAGAGCAGUGUCUGGCUGUGCUCAGAAGUUUCCACCUGCUCAGGAGCAAACUGGACAGGUCACAGCAUGCGGUCACCAAGUGCACCAGCCCAUCCACAGAGCUCAGCGUCACCUCUGGGGACGUGGGGCUGCUGACUGUCAAGACUAAGACAUCUCCAGCAGGGAAGCUGGAAGCCAAGGCGGCACUGAACCAAGCCCUGGAGAUGAAGCGUCAAGGCAAGAGGGAGAAAGCCCACAAGCUCUUCCUGCAUGCCCUCAAGAUGGACCCUGGCUUCGUAGACGCGCUCAAUGAGUUCGGCAUCUUCUCAGAAGAGGAAAAGGACAUCAUCCAGGCGGACUACCUGUACACCAGGGCACUGACCAUCUCACCCUUCCACGAGAAGGCGUUGGUCAACCGGGAUCGGACGCUGCCGCUCGUGGAGGAGAUUGACCAGAGGUACUUCAGCAUCAUCGACAGCAAAGUGAAGAAGGUCAUGUCCAUCCCUAAGGGGAGCUCUGCCCUGCGCAGGGUCAUGGAGGAGACCUACUACCACCACAUCUACCACACGGUGGCGAUCGAGGGCAACACCCUCACCCUCUCGGAGAUCAGGCACAUCCUGGAGACCCGCUACGCAGUGCCGGGGAAGAGCCUGGAGGAGCAGAACGAGGUGAUCGGCAUGCAUGCGGCCAUGAAGUACAUCAACGCCACUCUGGUCUCCCGCAUCGGGUCCGUCACCAUCGACGACAUGCUAGAGAUCCACAGGAGGGUGCUGGGGUAUGUGGACCCAGUGGAGGCAGGAAGGUUUCGGAGAACCCAGGUCCUGGUGGGACACCACAUCCCACCCCAUCCCCGGGACGUGGAGAAGCAAAUGCAGGAGUUCACACAGUGGCUCAAUUCAGAGGACGCCAUGAAUCUGCACCCGGUUGAAUUCGCAGCCUUAGCCCAUUACAAACUUGUGUACAUACACCCUUUCAUCGACGGCAACGGGAGGACCUCCCGCCUGCUGAUGAACCUCAUCCUGAUGCAGGCGGGGUACCCCCCCAUCACCAUACGCAAGGAGCAGAGGUCGGAGUACUACCAUGUAUUGGAAGUCGCCAACGAGGGUGACGUGCGGCCCUUUAUCCGCUUCAUUGCCAAGUGUACGGAGGUCACAUUGGACACACUGCUCCUGGCCACCACUGAGUACUCCGUGGCACUGCCGGAAGCCCAGCCCAACCAUUCUGGGUUCAAGGAGACACUCCCUGUGAGGCCCUAACCUGCCAGCCCUCCCUUGACGACAAGGGAAGCCAGGAGGGCCCUCGAAGAGCACCUUUCUAGAAACAUAGCUCUCUCCCCAGUAGCAGGAGACAUUUAGACAUUCUUUACCUCCAGGUGUUUUUAGUUGAGAAAGAAAACUAAAUUAUUAAGCCUUGUGUUUAGGAUAAUUUAUACUUCAGCCAAGUUAUUUAUUUAUUUUUUUUUUGAGCAAGCUAGCAGUGCCAAAUGGUGCUGACUGCUAUGCCUGUGGUGACCCCAGCACCCUGUGGGGGCAGCUGCGCUCCUCUCAUGUCUUGAGCCUGGGUUCUGGGCAGAAUUUGCACUAAAGUCGGGGCAGGGGGGGUCAGAUCUGUGGGCCAAAGCCCAGGGCUGCAGGAACCACUCAGAUGCUUCUGAGGCCCUGUGACCAGGACCGCUGCAAUCCUGGGCAAAACCUGCCCUGCUCUGUGGCAGGCUUUCACACCUGAGAGGCUGUGGUGGCAGCUUCAACUGGCUUUGAGACAGGAAGCAUCUCCAGCAGGAGACUGCAGAUUUCCAAAGACACCCCCACUCCGAGCCAUUAACUUGCUAGCCUACGUGUCGGGAGAUGUUAUUUUCCUAUCCACUUUCAGGAGGAGGGCGGCCAGCUUGGCUUUUUCUUUCUCCUGUCUUCAUUUGCAUCAAGUCAAACAAGAUGCUUUAGACAGGGUUCUCCAAGCUUCUCAACCUGUUCCUUCACACCAUAAAACAGGUCUGCUUUCACUUCCAUUCAGUCUCCUACACGAAGAACCUAGAGACCACGUCUGAAGGCCUUGUAAAAAACGCUUACAUAGCACACACCCCACCCCAGGCACCAUCCCUAACAUAAAAAAAAAAAAAAAAAAAGCAGAUCUAAGAUACCACACCAACCCCAAAUAAGGAUUUCUGAUAAAAGAAUUAAAAGCCAGCAGACACCUGUGACUGCAGCCCAGACUGGUCCCCUUUUGUCCUGUGUUUCUAAGCCCCCUCCCCUAUAAAGCCAUCACAGGGUCCGAUGUUCCCUUGGGUAGGUAGAGAUUGCCUCAGAGUGGCCUUGCUUUUCUAGUAAUGUCAUGCCUGACAGACGCACAUUUCAAAGUGUCAUCUUAGAAGAAAUAAACUUUUUCCAAUCAUAUAUGGCUAAGUGCCAAUUUGACUGCUGCUAUUUAAUCAAUGGCUAGACACCCUGGGUUUUGUUCUGAGGGACAGCCUGGGAGUCCCAGACUGCACUGCACUUUCUGGGGGGGCUGAGUGAAAGCUCAAGCCUGCAGCGACAUGUCCCACUGCACGCCACUGCAUGGUAGUGCAGCCCCAAGCCCCUUGCUUUUCUCCGCAGCAAACCUAUUCGCACAGGGUGCUUGCUUGGUCCUGCAGUGAGAACCUGCACUUUACAUACAUAUGGAUGAUAUUUUAACAAAUUACUGGUUCUAAUAAAGUAUUUUAUUACAUAAA